AAGUAGCAGAAAUAUGAAAUAUCUACUUGAUGUGAAGACUGCAGGGUUUCUUUACUGCAGUGUGAUCCAUCUCAACGUGAGACGAUCUCUCUCUCUCUCUCUCUCUCUCUCUCUCUCUCUCUCUCUCGCUUUCUCCCCCUCUCUCUCCACCUGGGUUUGUUCUGGAAAUCAUCGGCAUCCACCAGCGAUUUGACCAAAAUAAACGGACCAUAUCGACGUUAAUCGGAGGAUUUACCGCCGUUUCCUUCCCAGCAUUCGGAUAAAAGCCUCCUUUAUAAUCAUCUAUAUUUAAUAUCGUAUCGAGCCCUGUUGUGAAGUGAUGUCUGUCGCGGGGUUCAAGAAGCAGUUCCAUAAAGCCACUCAGAAAGUCAGUGAGAAGGUUGGAGGGGCGGAAGGAACCAAGCUAGACGAUGACUUUAAAGAAAUGGAAAAGAAGGUGGACGUCACCAGCAGAGCGGUGUUGGACAUCAUGACCAAAACGACAGAGUACCUUCAACCUAAUCCAGCGUCCAGAGCCAAGCUGAGUAUGAUCAACACCAUGUCCAAGAUCCGCGGGCAGGACAAGGGACCCGGGUACCCGCAGGCCGAGAGCGUCCUGGGAGACGCCAUGUUGCGGUUUGGACGGGAGCUCGGUGACGAGUCCAGCUUCGGCUUGGCACUGAUUGAUGCCAGCGAAGCGAUGAAGGAACUCGGCGAGGUGAAGGACGCUCUGGACAUGGAGGUCAAACAGAACUUCAUCGACCCUCUGCAGAACCUUCACGACAAAGACCUCAAAGAGAUACAGCACCACCUGAAGAAGAUGGAGGGCCGCCGUCUGGACUUCGACUACAAGAAGAAGCGUCAGGGGAAAGUCCAGGAUGACGAAAUCAAGCAGGCGCUGGAGAAGUUCGACGAGAGCAAAGAGGUGGCCGAGCAGAGCAUGUUCAACCUGCUGGAGAGCGACAUCGAGCAGGUGAGCCAGCUGGCAGCGUUGGUUCAAGCUCAGCUGGAAUACCACAGCCGCUCUGCUGAAAUCCUCCAGCAGCUCUCCAGCAAGAUGGAGGACAGGAUAAAAGAAGUGUCCGCUAAGCCGAGGAAGGAGUACGCCCCCAAACCCAGAAUGACCCUGGAGCUGCUGCCGCCCAGCGAGAGCCACAACGGGGGCAUCAACUCAGCCAAGUCGCCCGGAAGAUCACCAGCCCCCCUGGACCAGCCCUGUUGCCGAGCGCUCUACGACUUUGAACCGGAGAACGAGGGCGAGCUUGGCUUCAAGGAAGGCGACGUCAUCACCCUGACCAAUCAGAUCGAUGACAACUGGUACGAGGGCAUGAUCAACGGCCAGUCCGGCUUCUUCCCCAUCAACUACGUGGAUAUCCUGGUGCCGCUUCCUCGCUAGGGCGACGCCCCCCCCCCCCCCCCCCCCCCC